CCGACGUUGCAUUCGUCGUUCCGCAAACGGCGAGACGUAGGUCGUGUACGAGUUCGCAGAAUUCGAAAGUCCUUCCACGUAAUUGCGAUUGACUUGUUUUCAAUAGCCGAAGUGUUGAUUCGAGCUCAAAUAAAAAAGUUAUUUCGACAGUCAUUUCGUUAUCCCCAACUAGAUGUUAUUGUAUCAAAACUAAGGCACCUUAAAACUUAUUCAUCCAGUUACGCUUCGUCGUGAUAUUUUAACGCCGAAAUGGCGUAGUGCAACGUAUUUCUCGAAAGAAUACGAGAAAACUAUACCAUGCGCUUCAUAUAGCGCCAGAUGCUCGACCGAUACGGAUUCUUGUUAUUUGAAUCUGAGUGGACAUAUCAAUGUGUUAACUAAAAUGUAGAAUAUAUGAACGUAACGGUGUUUAAAAGGAUGGCUCCUCGACGGCGUAAGACUUGGUCAAAAGUGCGGAUAAAUAUAUUUGUCAAAUAAUUGGAAAAUACAUGAGGAGGAAGAAGAGUGCGCGAGCGCGAAUCAAAGAAGUUUUAGAGUUCAAAGGAUUUUGACUGUUGAUUCUUGUGUGCUCGGCUGAUUGCGUGGAAGAUUUAAAGUUAUAAGGAAGUUCGAUCACUUCUUCUCGAGAAUAGAUCGGUACCGAUGACAGCUGCGAGCAAUUCGCAACUGUGCCGUGGAGGAGUAUUGGGAUUUUCGCAAUCAUUACCCCGAGGAUCCUUGUUUCUAAUAACUGAACGCUGACAGGAGGGACGAACAGACGGUAGUGUUACAGCGGCUACAGUGUUUGUGAAUACUCGAUGGAUGAAUUCCAUCCAUUUAUCGAAGCUCUUCUACCAUUCGUGAAGUCCUUCUCGUAUACAUGGUUCAACUUACAAGCUGCCAAAAGGCGAUACUAUAAGAAACAUGAAAAGCGAAUGAGUUUAGAAGAAGAACGUCAGUGUAAGGAGGAACUUCAGAACGAGAAGCUGGAAGUGAAACAGAAAUGGGCCUCGCGGCUUCUAGGAAAAUUACGAAAGGAUAUCACGCAAGAAUAUCGAGAAGACUUUGUAUUAAGUAUUACGGGAAAAAGGCCAGCGAUGUGCGUUUUAAGUAAUCCUGAUCAAAAGGGUAAAAUGCGUCGAAUCGAUUGUCUUCGUCAAGCGGACAAGGUAUGGAGGUUGGACCUAGUUAUGGUGAUUCUUUUCAAGGCAAUUCCAUUGGAAUCGACGGACGGGGAACGGCUUGAAAAAACUGCUGAAUGCGCGCAGCCGGGACUUUGCGUCAAUCCUUAUCAUAUUAACGUUUCUGUCCGGGAACUAGAUCUCUAUCUCGCCAAUUUUAUCACGAGUCACGAAGUACUGAAUGGCAUCUGCAACGCUAGUAAGGAGGAUGACAGACGUCGAAAAGGAUAUCAUGAACUAUAUAAUGGUGUCGUCUGCAAUGAUACGAUCCUUGCAACAGGUGUCUUCAGCUCCAAAGAGCUCUGGAUGCUUUCAAAAGCGUCCAUACUGCAUGACCUCAGCGACAUGCAGCCUCAAAUAAACGCGAUCAAAAUAGAGCACCCACCAUACUACUGCAGCAGCUACACCCCACCAUCCGCAGCCACGACUGCGGAUCACGUUCAGCCGGCGGCUAGCUUCAGUCCACCGCCGGUUCAUCAACUAAUAAGGAACGAUAAGACUGAGAAGCCGCCAACUGUAACGGUUUCGAGUGCACCGACAUUUUCAUCGGUCCUCAGGCCGGAAGACGGACACCGUGGAAUAGAAUCCCCGCAUUCGCAAACCGGUAUGUAUUUGCCAGUUUUCGUCGGUUUUCGGACUUACAAAUUGUCCCUCUCUCUCUCGACAACCUUGCGAAUCACUCGAAUUUAG